AUGGCGGACGAAGCGCCAAAAGUGCAAGCCAUCGAGCGCGAUGGCAAGCAAUACAGGGCUAUCACUGAAGGGAAAGCGACCAUUCUAGUUCCUCACGAGGCGAAAGUUGGCGAAGACACUUCUGGCGAACAAGAGGUCUUCUACAAUCCCAUUCAACAGUAUAACCGCGACUUGUCGACGUUGGUAGUCAAGGUUUACGGUGAGAUGCUAUUGGAGAAAAGAAUCGAAACAUUCAAGUCAAAAAAUACAAAGCAAGGAAAGAAACGAAAGCGAGAUGAGAUCGAACAGGAUGCCAACGGUGCGUCCACACAACCCGUCGAAGAGACGGUCGCAGAGGCGGUCGCAGAGCCAGAGAAAGAAAAGACAGAGAACGGGCACGUUUAUAAACCGGCAUUCAAGGUCCUUGACGCAUUAUCUGCAUCUGGCUUAAGAGCCUUGCGAUAUGCUUUGGAAAUUCCUUUUGUUACGUCUGUGACAGCCAAUGACUUGUCUCCUUCAGCUGCGGAAUCAAUAAAGGUGAAUGCCAGUCAUAAUGGGGUGGCAGAUAAAUUCACUGUCACCAAUGAUGAUGCUCUUGCUCUGAUGUACCGAUCAAUUGCAGCAGAUCUAUCGAGAAGAGAUAAACGAGGCAAUCCCAGCAAAUCGCACAAGUUCGAUGUCAUUGACCUUGAUCCGUAUGGAACUGCUGCUCCAUUUUUCGACGCCGCGAUCCAGUCUGUCCGGGAUGAUGGCGGCUUGCUUGUUAUUACCUGUACAGAUAGUGCUGUAUGGGCUGGACACAGCUACUGCGAAAAGACGUUUUCUUUGUACGGUGGUGUCCCCGUUAAGGGAAUGCACUCCCACGAGGUAGCCUUGCGCCUUAUACUAAACGCCAUUGCCACUUCUGGAGCGAGAUAUGGUCUUGCUAUUGAGCCCAUGCUGUCACUGUCAAUUGACUUCUACACCAAAGUAUUCGUCAGAGUUACGCGGUCACCGUCAGAGGUCAAAUUCCUUGGAGCGAAAACCAUGAUUGUUUACAGCUGCGACCAAGGCUGUGGGUCUUGGGAGACACAACCCAUUCUCAAGAGCAGGCCAUUCCCGAAUAAAAAGGGAAAUGGCUCCUUCUACAAGCACACAAUGGCUCAGGGGCCAAGUGCAGAUCGAUUUUGCCAGUAUUGCGGUUCCAAGAUGCACAUCAGCGGACCAAUGUACGGUGGUAAGAUACACAACCAAGAUUUCAUCCAGCGUAUACUGGAUGAGAUUCCCAAGACAUCUACCGAUGUAUAUGGGACUUUGCCUCGUGUAGAGGGAAUGUUGCGGACUGCCUUGGAUGAAUACAUUCCUGGACCUGAGUUGCCUACAGGUGUUGACCCGAAGGACGCCGAAGCAGCAGUGGUUGACCACACCCCGUUCUUCUUCAUCCCUGGAAAGGUUGCGAGCAUUCUGUCGUGCGCUACACCGACUGACGACAUGUUUCGAGGUGCGCUCCUACAUUUGGGCUAUCAAGUAGGUAGAAGCCACUGCCGCCCAGGCAGCAUCAAAACAGACGCACCGUGGUCCACUAUCUGGUUUAUUUUGACGGAGUGGAUCAAGCAAAAGUCACCGAUCAAGACGUCCAAGUUUAAGAAGACUAUGCCGGGUUGGAAGAUUCUGUACGAUGCCGGCAUCGUUGGACACGAAGACACGACGGUGCCGGAAGGAACUGCAGAGGCGGAGAAUAAUGAGGCCAAGAUGGAGGAUGUUGAAGAGCAACAGCAGCUAAAGGAGGAAGCAUCACCAGAAAUUGUUGUUGAAAAGGACGAAAGUGGCGAUGGCACAAAAGAGUCUUUGACGGAAGAAGAGUUGCGAAAAACGUUGGUGUUUGAUGACAACCUGGUGAGGCUCGGCCGACAAAGAGGUACCCGGUACAUGAGGUAUCAGGUUAACCCUCACAAGUAUUGGGGCCCAAUGACAAGGGCGAAGGGUUAA